CCAGUAUUAUUAUUCCGUAUGCUUAUGUCCGUAUAAAUGGCAGUCUAUCAUCAUACAUUAUUAUCAUUGUGCAUGAUAAUACUCAUGUUUAAUGUAGAUCAAACCUUGGCUUAUGAUGAUGAUGACAGAUGUCUAGGAGCCGCAAUAGUAGCACGAGGGGAUAUAAGGAAACCUGAUGGUCCUGCAGUGACCUUAUUCCACUUCAAUACGGUAUCCCCGAUUGUUCGAUCGUCCACUCCGUUUAUGUUGCAUGCAUCGGUACUGUCUGUUGGAGAGGGCCCAUACUGGUCCCCUGCACCCCUGCCGCAAGGCCUUAGCUGUCUAUCAUACGACAAGUCCGUUACAGAAAGCAUAUUCCCCUUCAAAGAAAGGCUUCUUAGUAGCCUACCGAAUACAUUCAAAUUGUCUAAUAAUAUAUCAGCCAUCAUCGUCCAAAGCCCAGAUGUUGCAUCAGCAACUGGUAUGCCAUUAUCAAGACUAAUAUCCGAGUUAGCUGCCAGGGAUGAUACAACUGAUGUCCGAAAUAAAUACGGAUGUCAGAGGCUAUUAUCAUAUACCCAAACCCAGAAGGGUGUUACUAUACUAGCCGAGUCAUGUUCACUACUAUCCCCUAUGUGCCAUAUACACCACCUGAAGGGGCCAACACAGACUUGUGCGCUCGAGCACCAACGGAGGGAUAUAGCUAAUGAAGGUGCUCAUAAGCAACUCUAUGCUACCCUCAAUGCAUCGAUAGAUGCCCCAGUAAGAGCAUUCGAAUGGUUACCAUCAGAGCUGUUCGUAGACCCUGAUGAGCUAUAUGAUCAUAGCAUGAUGGGUACAUAUCCAUUGGCGAGAGUGGAUAUAGAGGUACCAUCCUUUAUGAACUACCCCUUGCCAGUUAUCACUGAUACGUACCCUAUACCAGUACAUACACGUUAUACUAGACCAGACUGCCAGAAGCCCUUUGAAGUUAAUAGGUCACAGCUGGAUGCUCAUAGAUGCCAGGGCUACUAUCAUGCAUGGCUUGGAUCUCCUAUAUGGUUUGCUACUAGUAAUACAACAUCAUGUGCUGCGGAAAAGGGUAAUGUAUUUACCGAACUUGGUAUAGCAGAGGAUAGCAUAGUAAACACCAUGUACUCCAUCAUCAUACAAGCAGGCUCUCAACACACCAAUCGUGUUGUACCAUUAUCCGUUAUGCCUGCUGCCCCAAUAGAUUUAUCAAUACCUAGUGGUAAUACUGAGAUACGUGAUGUAGUACUAUGGUCAUCAGCAUGUAUAGUAGUACUGGCUACUAUUAUUGUUAUUAAUACUAUUAUCAAGGCAUUAUCAUUACAAUCUACAGUCAAGGAUACUAAAAAGAAGGAGGAGUAGUUAUAUGAUACAACAACGACAAGAGUGUAUCAUCAUUACUACGAC